UCAACAGAAUUUUCUGUCUUGGAGAGUGAAAGAAAGAAGACAAAGAGCAAGAAAAGAAAAAAAGAAGACUUUUCAGAUGUAGAUGGGGAAAUUCAUUCCAUGUUACUUAAGAAAGUGAGAAGUAAGGGACCAGAGCUUUAUCAUCCUUCAGUGAAAUUUGAGGAUGUAGGAGGCAAUGAUGAAACUUUAAAGGAGAUAUGCAAGAUGCUCAUUCACAUCCGUCAUCCCGAAAUCUAUAACCACUUAGGUGUGGUUCCACCUCGUGGUUUUCUUCUACAUGGGCCACCAGGAUGUGGAAAGACAUUACUUGCACAGGCAAUUGCUGGGGAACUUGAGCUCCCGAUGUUGAAAGUGGCGGCAACAGAGAUUGUGUCUGGAGUAUCAGGGGAAUCUGAGCAGAAACUCAGAGAUUUGUUUGAGCAGGCUGUGUCCAGUGCACCAUGUGUCCUUUUCAUUGAUGAGAUUGAUGCAAUCACCCCAAAAAGAGAAGUUGCAUCGAAGGACAUGGAGCGGAGGAUUGUUGCUCAGUUCCUGACUUGUAUGGAUGACUUGAAUAAUGUGGCUGCCACUACCCAGGUCCUUGUUAUUGGAGCAACAAACAGACCUGACUCACUGGACCCUGCACUGAGGAGAGCUGGGAGAUUUGAUCGAGAAAUCUGUUUGGGAAUCCCAGAUGAAGGGGCAAGAGAAAAAAUUCUUCAGACUUUGUGUCGAAAACUGAAGCUCACAGAGUCCUUUGAAUUUCGCCAUCUAGCACGGCUGACCCCAGGUUAUGUGGGGGCUGAUCUGAUGGCACUGUGUCGUGAGGCAGCUAUGUGCACAGUGAACAGGGUCCUGAUAAAAUCUGAGGAGCAGAGAAGGAAACAUGGACACAUUGGAGGAAACACAGCUGAUGAGAGCGUGGGAAUAGGAACAGACAUCCUGAUGGAAGAGGGCACCAAACAACUAGAACUUCUUCCUAAGGAUGAAUUGCAGAGACUUUUGGAUUUGCUGAAGAAGCAAGACCCCUUGCCUGAGGAGCAUCUGCAGAAGCUGUGCAUUGAGAUGAAUGAUUUUAUUGUUGCACUGUCAUCAGUGCAGCCCUCUGCCAAGAGAGAAGGCUUUGUCACAAUUCCUGAUGUGACAUGGGCAGAUAUUGGAGCCUUGGAAGAUGUUCGGGAGGAGCUGACUAUGGCUAUAUUGGCACCUGUGCAAAACCCAGAGCAGUUUAAAGCUCUAGGCCUGACUACUCCAGCUGGUGUCCUGCUUGCAGGGCCUCCAGGGUGUGGCAAAACAUUGUUGGCUAAGGCCGUGGCAAAUGAGUCUGGACUGAACUUCAUAUCUGUGAAAGGUCCUGAGCUGCUAAAUAUGUAUGUUGGUGAAAGUGAACGUGCUGUACGUCAAGUAUUCCAGCGUGCCAGGAAUUCAGCCCCUUGUGUUAUAUUUUUUGAUGAAGUUGAUGCUUUGUGCCCUCGGAGGUCGGACCGUGAAUCAGGAGCCAGUGUCCGAGUGGUUAACCAGCUGCUCACAGAGAUGGAUGGUCUGGAGAAUCGUCAGCAGGUUUUCAUUAUGGCUGCCACAAACAGGCCAGAUAUAAUUGAUCCAGCUAUCCUGCGUCCUGGUAGACUGGAUAAAACACUCUACGUGGGUUUGCCACCACCUGAAGACCGACUUGCUAUUUUAAAGACCAUCACCAAAGAUGGCACCAGGCCUCCACUAGACAGGGAUGUAAGCCUGGAAGAAAUUGCUUACAGUCAACAUUGUGAUUGUUACACAGGGGCAGACCUUAAUGCUCUAGUGCGUGAGGCUUCAAUUUGUGCCUUGAGACAAGAAAUGGCCCUGCAGACUACUCAAAGCAAGACAGGAGAAAUCAAGAUUUCCCGUAAACACUUCGAAGAAGCUUUUAGGAAAGUGAAGUCUUCGGUAUCAAAAAAGGAUCAAAUACUGUAUGAAGAACUGCAGCAGUCACUGUGCAGCUGAUACAUUUGGACAGUGCCCAAAAGAAACUAAUUCUACAUUGGUGGAGAGUUUUGCCUGAUUCAAGAGACAUGUUGGAAAGAAGCUGUAUUAAAUCUCUCAACUUUUUAUACUGCACCUAAAAAGGUCAUCGUAACCUACUGCUCUAAACCAUCCUUAAUUUAACUGUCUCCAGAAUAAAAGAUACAAUACAUGCUUCCUGCUUAUAACCA